AUGUCUCCCAUCACCUCUAUCAUGAAGGGAAUAGAACCCCCAGAACCCGGAAUCUCCAAGAAUGAGUCCAUUCAAAAGGUAAACAUGAUUGAUCCUAUCCAUCAAUGGGAUCCGAAUCUCUCCCAGGAAAAGCUGGGGGCAAUCCAUGAGGUGCACGAGACGACCGACAAAGAAAAAGCCGUCGAGUUCGAGAAAGAUAUCGCACAGGACUCUCAGUAUGAGUCGGUUCGUGCAGCAGUGCGCAACACAGAUGGCGGAGAGGUCGCAAACACGGUUCGCGCAUGGAUUCUAGGAAUGAUAUUUGUGACUAUCGGAAGUGGCCUCAACAUGUUCCUGAGCAUGAGGAGCCCUGCCAUCUCAUUUCCGGCUAUUGUGGUGAUGCUGCUAGUCUAUCCAAUCGGUUGUUUCUGGGCGAAGACGAUGCCGACUAAAGUUUUCAAUACGUUCGGGUUGCAAUGGACGCUCAACCCUGGACCUUUCAACAUCAAGGAACAUGCAGUCAUCACGAUCAUGUCAAACACUACAGGCAAAGCGCAAGUGUGCUCCUAUCUGCUACAUAUCUCUAUCUACUCACACUUUCUAACAGCACUCUACAAUCUCAAAAUGACCUGGGGAUUCCAGAUUCUGUUUACUUUGAGCAGUCAACUAGUCGGUAUGUCACUUGCAGGCGUGUUCCGUCGGUUUCUUGUCUGGCCUGCUGCGAUGGUGUGGCCCAAUCAAUUUUCGAAUACCUCGCUCUUAAAUGCGCUUCAUGACCACAGUAAAUCCGAGUCCUCUGAGGCACAUGGAUGGAGUAUCUCACGUUAUCGAUACUUCAUCUAUGUGAUGGCUGCUUCGUUUAUCUGGUAUUGGGUACCUGGAGUUCUCUGGCAAGGACUGUCUGUCUUUGCGUUUGUUACCUGGAUCCGACCCAACAAUGUGGUUUUGAAUCAGUUGUUCGGUGGAAUGACUGGUCUUUCAUUGAUACCCAUCACCUUUGAUUGGACCUAUGUUUCGGCCUAUCUUCAAGACCCCCUACUGGCGCCAGUUCACGCUCAUGUCAAUACUCUGAUCGGACUAGUGGUGUUCGUGAUUAUCACCACGAUUGGGAUAUCCUACUCUGGGUCCUUAUACUCUGCCUAUCUUCCAAUCAACACUUCCACGACUUAUGACAACACUCAGAAUUCUUACAAUGUGACCAGAAUUCUUGGGCCUGGCUUCUCAUUCGACGAAGAAAAAUACAAAGCUUACUCGCCCAUGUUCUUGGCUCCAACAUUUGCGUUGAACUAUGGUCUUUCUUUUGCUGCGCUUACAGCAGCGAUCGUGCACGCCAUUCUCUUCCAUCGAAAAGAGCUUUGGUACCAAUUUAAAGCCUCUCGGGAACAAGAAGCAGAUAUCCAUUUCACAUUGAUGAAGAAAUAUCGGGAGGCUCCCGACUGGUGGUACGUGUCAUUGUUCCUAGCCUCUAUCGCAUUAGGGCUGGCUGGAGUUCUGGCAUAUGAUACUCAGCUCCCGUGGUGGGCGUUUUUCGUCUCGAUCAUCCUCGCCGUUGUUUUCAUUAUUCCGACCUGUAUGAUUCUCGCUAUCACGAGCAUUAUGUUGUCCCUCAAUGUCUUGUCGCCCUUUCUAGCUGGAUUCAUGAUUCCGGGAAAACCCAUCGGAGUCAUGAUUUUCAAGGUUUUCAGUACCAUCACCCUGGGACAAGCACAAACAUAUUGCGGUGAUCUCAAGAUGGCCCACUACAUGAAAAUUCCACCUCGCGUUACCUUCAUGUGUCAAGUCAUUGCCACAAUUUGGGCAAGUAUUGUGCAAAUUGCGGUCAUGAACUGGACUCUGGGGAAUAUUGAAGGAGUUUGCAGCUCUACACAAGCAGCCCAUUUCACCUGCCCAAACGGACGGACAUUUUUCUCGUCUAGCAUUGUCUGGGGAGUCAUUGGGCCCACGCGUAUGUUUGGCCCCGGGGCAAUCUACUCACAGAUGCAGUGGUUCUGGCUCCUCGGGGCUCUCCUUCCUGUUGCCUUCUAUCUGUUGAUCCGAGCAUUCCCUCGCUCUAAACUCAGAUUUCUCAAUGCCCCAGUAAUGCUAGGUGCUAUGGCGUGGUUACCUCCAGCAACGCCUAUCAGCUUUUUCUCAUGGGUCAUGUUCGGCCUCAUCUUCAACUACUGGGUUCGGCACCGGUGGGGCGGCUGGUGGCAUACUUACAACUAUGUCACCGCUGCUGGACUUGACUCUGGUCUGGUUCUAUCUACCAUUCUUAUCUUCUUUGCCAUCACUCUGCCGAAUGUCACUGUUCCUCAAUGGUGGGGGAAUACGGCUCCCUUUGAGACCACGGAUAGUUUGUACACGGCGAUCCGGAAGACAGUUGCAUCGGGGACGACGUUUGGGCCAGCUGAGUGGUGA